UACUCCUCACAUAGCAAAACAGCUACAUAAACAUGAUACACAAAACUAUAUGGUCUUAGAACAUACCAACCAUGCCUUUGUUAUGCUUGAAGCUAGGGGGGAUGAGGAUAUCACAAAAAGCCUUCGCAUUAACUCUGUUUUUCUCUAUUGUGCUUUGCACUCCACCAGAGGAUCCAAUCAAGUGCUCUUCAUCACAGAACACAAGCUGCACCAUCACAAACUCCUAUGGCAUGUUCCCUGACAGAACCAUCUGCCAAGCUUCUCAAGUUUUGUACCCAACUACAGAGUUGGAACUUGUGUCAAUGGUUGCAUCAGCAACCAGAAACAAGAACAAGAUGAAAGUUGCUACCCGUUUUUCCCACAGCAUUCCGAAGCUGGUGUGCCCUGAAGGCCAAAAUGGGUUGCUGAUAAGCACCAAGUAUCUCAACAAAGUGUUGAAGGUUGAUGUGGGAGCAAAGACAAUGACGGUGGAGAGUGGAGUUACAAUGAAGAUGAUAAUCAAUGAGGCUGCAAAGGGGAAUUUGGCUUUGCCUUAUGCCCCAUAUUGGUUGGGCUUGACAAUUGGUGGCCUUAUGGGAACAGGUGCUCAUGGAAGCUCAUUAUGGGGGAGAGGAAGCUCUGUUCAUGAUCAUGCGUUGGAGAUUAGGAUUGUUAGGCCUGCAGGUCCUGAAGAUGGGUAUGCUAAGGUUGAGGUUCUGAAUGAACAACAUGAAGAUUUCAAUGCAGCUAAAGUGUCACUAGGUGUGCUGGGAGUUAUUUCACAGAUUACUCUGCAACUCGAACCACUUUUCAAGCGGUCCAUCACCUAUUUGACAAAAGAUGAUUCGGAUUUGGGAGACCAAGCAGCAGCUUUUGGACAUGAACAUGAGUUUGCUGAUAUAACUUGGUACCCAAGUCAACACAAGGCUGUCUACCGUGUUGAUGAUCGUGUCCCCAUGAGUACAUCGGGCAAUGGUCUUUAUGAUUUUGUCCCUUUUCGCCCCACUCCUUCACUUGAAUUGGCUCUCAUAAGAUCCACAGAGGAUCUUCAUGAAUCCACUAGUGAUGCUGAUGGAAAGUGCAGACUUGCAAAGUUAACAACGAGUGCCCUCCUCACCACAGCUUAUGGGCUUACUAAUAAUGGUGUAAUUUUCACAGGGUACCCUGUAAUUGGAUUUCAGAACCGUGUUCAGGCAUCAGGGUCAUGCUUAGAUAGUCUUCAAGAUGGAAAAUUCACAACAUGUGCCUGGGACUCAAGAGUGAAAGGAGAGUUCUUUCACCAAACCACAUUCAGCAUUGGCUUAUCUGUUGUGAAGAAUUUCAUUGAAGAUGUGCAGAAGCUAGUUCAGUUAGUGCCUAAAGGACUAUGUGGCAUGGAGAAUUACAAUGGAAUUCUCAUGCGUUAUGUGAAGGCUUCAAGUGCUUACUUGGGGAAGCAAGAGGAUGCUCUAGACUUCGAUAUCACGUACUACCGAAGCAAGGAUGCAAUGACUCCUAGGCUUUAUGAAGACAUUCUUGAAGAGAUUGAGCAGCUUGGGAUUUUCAAGUAUGGAGGGUUACCUCAUUGGGGUAAGAAUAGGAACUUGGCAUUUGGCGGAGUGAUUAAUAAGUAUAAAAAUGCUGGGAAGUUUUUGAAGGUGAAAGAGAAGUUUGAUUCACAAGGGCUUUUCUCUAGUACUUGGACUGAUCAAGUGCUUGGGCUGAAAGAAGGUGUGACAAUAGUGAAGGAUGGGUGUGCAUUGGAAGGUUUGUGCAUUUGCUCACAGGAUAGCCACUGCAAUCCAAGUAAAGGCUACUUCUGCAGACCAGGGAAAGUCUACAAGGAAGCAAGGGUUUGUACACAUUUAAAAUAAGGCUGUGUUGAGUUCUGAGGGUAAAGAAGCAUUAAAUUUGACAAUCUUAUGAAAAGAUAAUAUUUACAGAAUAUUUAUAUAUGUAAUUCUUCAUACAUCAUCAAUCACUCACUUCAACAUAUUUUAGAGACACUGCUUAUCUUUUAAGAUUAUAUUUUAAUAUUUGUAUGUGUUCAAUGUAUACAUUAUCAGAGACAAAAAAAAAAUGACAUGGGAGUGCAUUGUCAAUUA